AUGGUGUGGGCAGCCCCGGCCCCAGCAGCCAUCGCUCUCUGCCUCCGUUUCUCCGCAGACCUGGUGAAAGCAGCAGUGGCUGCCCUGAUCGUCGGAGCCGUCCUGUCUGCCACUGAGCAACACGACCUCGGGGCGCUGGUGUGCGACAUGGAGGCUGAGACCAUCACAGCCUCAGACCCUGGCAUCCUGGAGAACCUGAAGCUCUGCCCAGUGCUGACGGGGGCCCAGCAGGAUGCCCUCAAUGCUGUGGUCCUCAGCGGGGGCACAGUGUAUGGGGAUCCUUUGAGCUGGGAUUUACAGACUCUGCAAAAUUUGGGGCCGCUCCUGCUGGCUUUGAACCAGACCACGCUGAGCCUGGUGGCCAAGGCAGUGCGGGAGGCUUUCGGCAGAAGCAUCGCGGCCACGUACAGCAGCCAGGGACGUUCCCAGCGGGAGAAGUCCUUGACGCUCCUCAGGGCCUUCGUGGCAGCAUCAGCUUCGUCUCAUCCCAGGCUGAAGCGGAGCGCAGACCGGAGGAAAAGCCAUCGGCCUGAUGCACCCUCUCUGCCCGCAGGCUGCCUGUCCACACCCAUCACGGCCAGCACCAUCUCCGACCCCCUCUUACUCAUCAGCUACGACACCAGUGAGCAGUUUGACCUGUGCCUAAGCAACGAGGUUUUAAAAGCAAACCUGGAGGCUCUGCUGGAACAGCCACUCACCGUGGACUACCUCCGGGUCGUGAAAAAAAGGCUGGAGCAGAUUUACCCAUCAGGGAUCCCGGAGGAGCAGCUGAAGCUGUUCGGGUCGCUGUCCCGCCAGUACACGGCGGAGGAGAUCAGCCUGUGGCCGGUGACGUCCAGCGACACACUCUCGGCCCUGCUCAACCCCUUGGAUGGCAAGUGGGAGGCUCCCCAGGUCCAGCAGCUGCUCAGCAGGUACCUGGCCCUGGGGGGCACCUUGACCGGGCCCUUGCUUCAGAAAAUCGGUGGAAGACACCUGUGUAAUCUGCAGGAGGAGCAGAUCAAGCAAAUACCUCCAGAAGCAAUCAGGACUGCGGGACAAUUAAACAUUUCUUCUUGCUCUCAAACCAAGAAGGACCAGCUCUACAAAAAAGCCCAGGAGGCCUUUGCUGGCCAGCCUGGCAUCACCAGAGCCUAUUACUGCCGGAUUUGGCCGUACCUGGGUGGAGCUCCAGCAGAGGACCUGAAAGACUUGGCUGAAGCUGGCGUUGCCAUAGACAUGGACACGGACACUUUUCUUGCCCUAAAUCCCAAUGAACUGCAGAAACUCAGCGUCACGGAUGUGAAAAACUUGCUUGGGGAAAACCUCCCUUACCUGAAGGACGUUGAAAAUGAGACCUCGGUGAUGCGCUGGGUGAAGAGACAAUCCCAGCGGGAACUGGACUGUGUCCUGGCAAUCGGCCUGCAAGGGGGGAUGGAGGAACCCGGCCCCACGGGGACAGCCACCCCUCCUCACCCCACUGCCUCGGCCAGUGCCGCCCCCACAGCCACCAUGCCCGCACCCACCCCCGUCCCCGCUGUCCUCACCCCUAUUGCCACCAGCAGCCCUGCUACCACUAAUUCCAGUACCAGCCCCCCCAAGGCCCCCACCCCCAGCGCCAUCAGCCCGCCCCCCCCCAACAGCACUCCCCCACGUACUUACACCGCUGCCCCCAGUGCUGUGGUGAGUCCCACUGCCACCUCCACCGCCCGACCUACUCCAACCACCGGCUCCAUCGUCCCAUGCUCCAUCCACCAGUCUGCCCCCUCAAAUAAGGCCACCCCACCCGUUGUCACCCUCCUCACCACCAUCCUUGCUGCUGUCAACACCAACGCCACCACUUCCAGCUCCGUCCCACCCCCUGCUCUCACACGUGGGGCCACCACUGGCACUAGCGCUGUUACUAACCCGGCUGUUACCACCAACACCACCACCCUGCUGGUGUCCAUGAACCCCCCAGUACCUGGGGGAAGUGCCCAUCCCGCUCCUGCCACCCAUAACACCAUCAAUCCAAGCACCCAGACUGCUCCCAACACCCUUGUCCCUAACUCCACCUCUGCACCCACUGCCACCACAGCCACGGAAAUGAACCUCCCUCCCCACAAGCCCACCCCGAUUCCCAACUCCACCGUCUCCACCCAAAAUAGUGUUGUCUCCUCAACCGCCAAGACUACAACAUUGGCUUGCAAGACCGGUGCCCCUCCAGCAUUUCUUGGCCCCUCUUCCACCACCACCGGCAGUGAGACCACUAAAAAGACACCUGCAGGCACGCCAGAGCCACCGAGACCAACACCUGGUGGAUACAUCAACCUGCAACCUGAAGCUGGAUCAGGAUCCAGACUCUCUUCCUGCCUGGUACACAUACUGACAACAGCCGUGGGAAGCUCGCUGCUGCGAAGGCUUCUCUGA